CUGGAAGAGAUCUACGAUCGCUUCGCUCAGAGGGUCUUCUCGCUGGCGGUAUCGGUGCUCAGAGACGAAGCACUGGCCGAAGACGCCGUCCAGGAGGUGUUCACCAACAUCUGGCGGAAAGCGGAGAGCUACCGGCCGGAGAUGGCGGCGCCGAGUACGUGGAUCAUGUCCGUAGCGCACCACAAGGUGGUGGACAUGUACCGGUCGCGGAGGCGGACCACGGAUCACACGGUAUACCCGGAACUCGACGCACUGCAGCGGAUUCCCGACGCGAAAAUGAGCGUUGAGCGGCAGGUGGAACGCGGGUUUGAAGCCAGUCUGGUGCGCCAGGCGAUGCUGACCCUUCCCGAAGAUCAGAGCCGACCGCUAUACCUUUCAGCCUGGCACGGAUACAGCCAAUCAGAGAUCGCCAAAUUGCUGGGGAUACCGUUGGGAACCGUCAAGACCCGUAUGCGGUUGGGGAUGCAGAAACUGAAAGCAGCGUUGGAAGCUCAUGUGGUCUGA